AUGGGGUCAACCAUAAGAGGAACAAUAUUUGAUAACAUCGCUAACGUGUCUGCUUGUUUCUUGGGAAUUAGUGAGAGAACAGUUCGACGAUUGAACUCCGAUGUAAUUGAGAAUGGUGAACAAGAAGAUGAGAAGAAGAAAACAAAGAAAGAAAAGAUGCUGGCUCUCCUCUCGGAUAAUCAAAAAAAUGAAAUCACGGCAUAUAUCUUUGAAUGUUACGAGAAGGAAAGAAAUUUCACUCUUUCGAGCUUGCUAGAGGCUUUACAGGAAAACUUUAACUUCCCAUUCGGCAGAACCACUCUUCAUGGAAUUCUGAAAGCAAUGAAUCUAAGUUAUAAGUUGAAAACUUAUAAUCCAUUUGCGUCAUCGAGAGACGAUAUCGCUCGGUGGAGAGCGUGGUAUCUGAGUGAAAUUUAUAAAUUAAGGGUGGCGGGGGCCUAUAUUACGUACUUCGAUGAAACAUGGCUCUUCCAUGGAAUGACGAAUACUCGUGGGUGGCUUCCCAAGAACUCAACAGCUUAUGAAAUCGCUCGUCUAGGAAACCUGAAGAACCCGGUUCCCGGAUUUGCUGCUGCCAGUGACAAGGGGAAACGGGCAACAGUUUUAGCAAUUCUCACUGAAUCAGGAGUACUCCAUGAGUCAAUCGACGUCAUUGUUUCUGAUCGCCCGCCUGCGGAGCAAUUAGUAGAUUAUCAUGCAACGAUGGAUGCGAAUAUGUAUGAGCAAUACAUGGAGAACGUGUUACCGGCACUUUUAGCUUCCACUCCCCCUGGUCGUCAACCCAUCUUAGUAAUCGAUAAUGCUAGCACACAUAAUGGAACUGAGCACAAACUCCCAACUCAGCAGAACAGGAAGGCCGAUUUGAUUGAUUUUUUAGAAGAAAAGGGAGUGGCACUGGGUUCUGAUCUUCUGAAAACAGACGUAUAUGCAGAGGUUGAGAGUUACAUCGAUCGGCACGGUGGAAGAAAGAGACUUACGAAAUAUAAGGUUGACGAAAGAGCAUCUUCCAUGGGAAUCCGCAUUAUUCGCACGCCCCCUUACCAUUGUUGUCUCAGCCCUAUCGAAUUGGUCUGGGGUCAACUAAAGUCAUACCUUCGGAAAACCGGGAAAACUACAGACAAAGUAGAAAUGGUACGAGAACGGGCGAUCAAUUUUCUGAAAAACAUCAAAGAGGAAUUCGUUGCUGCGACCUAUGAGCAUAUUAUUGAUGUUGAAAAUGACAUUCGUCACACUAUGGAACAAGCGAGAAUGGAAGAUUUUGCCGAUGAAAUUGAUGAAUUAUUAGAUGAUGAGUUACCAGAUAAUAAUAACAAUUAG